AUGACGCACGAAUCAGAGAAAGACACAGGCUCGCAGAGCCGAACACCUCCUUCGCCGGAUCCCACUCGGCAGAGGCACUCCCCUAUAAUCUUUGGCGGGCCGAUGGUUUCUGCGCCAGGUGCUGAUGUCAGACCCAGACCAGCUUGGGUGUCUGGGUCCCCUUUUCCCCUUGCAACCCCCUUUCGACCCAGAACCACGGAUACCCCCUAUCCUUCUGUUGGGAGUGCAUGGAGGUAUGGUCAAACGCUUCGAAGCGAAGAUGAUGUCUCUGGCGAGACGGAAGAUGAACGCACAAUCUCGCGACUGCGACUCGAUGUUGAAUACGAGAGGGCUCGCAGGAUGCAGUGCGAGACGCGAUUGCAGGAACAACAUCGGAGGCUCGCAAGACAAAGAGACCUGUAUGAGGGCUAUCUAGACCGUCUUCUGAAGGAGCAGAGCGCAAAUCUCAGGAUACAAUUCGACUCGAACCAAAGAAAGCUCAAGCAUGAGCUUGAGGAGAAAGAAAAGGAGGUGACUGAGCGUACCAGAAUGUGGAAAAAGGCUGCCACGGAGCUCAACAAACUCCGAGCCACGGCGCAAGGCUUCUACCAGAUCACGGACGAGUAUCUGAUUGGACUCAUCGUUAGGCUUAGGUACUCGAUCCGCAACUUUUCCUUCCAGUACUUUGAGGGCACGUCACCACCAAAGAUCAGUAUCUUUGCAAAACUACCAAACUACCUGAACCAUGCCAGAGCGAUCAUGCCAGGCAAGGAAGCAGAGAUUUAUGCUGGAGUGCACUCAAAGAAAAACUAUCAGAUCAUCCAAGCUCUCACCUGGAGAGUCCUUGUCGCAGAGGUCUUUAACAAAUUUACAUGGGUUGGCGGCAAGACGAGCGAGAGUUUCAAACAUCUCCACACCAAGUUGGACCCUGCAUGGAACAGCGACUCCCGCGGGAUUGAGAGACCAGAACCCGAAGCAGAGCGAAAGUUCCAGACCUGGAGCGCAACCACGAUAGGACUCCUCCUAGACGCUCAGGGCCCAGAGGAGCAGUCUCAGAUCGAGAAAUGGCAGAAAAAGGAGGUAAGCCGUAUCGUUGGCUGCCUACUCAACACUUUCGACACCAUAGCCGGAUCUCGAGAAGAUUUGGCAGAUGAACUCUCCAGCAUCAUCGGUGAAGCGUUUGUGCUGGGCAAGGAGAUCAGCAGGCAAAUUGCGCGCAUCGCUUGGACACUUGAUCUCGAGAAGGAACAGGAAGCUCAGAUGUUUGACGCAGAGACCAUGGAACUGGAGACAGGGGAUCUUGUAAAGAAGCCACGAGUGGUGAACUGGGUUGUUGCUCCAGGGGUGAUUAAAAGGGGCAAGUCAACGGGUGAGGGGUUCCGACAUGAGGAGAUGCUUCUUAAGAGAAUAGUUAGCUGUGACGAGGACGCCAGGACAUAG